UCUCACACACACAAUACCGAGACUCGAGUCUCUAGCCACAGCGACCCGUCACACAACAUGACAACAAUCUAAUGUGAUAUUCUGUGAACAAAACCGCUUUUGUUGGAGUAUUUUUACAUUAAUUGGACUAAAAGAACGGCACAUCUUACUGAAGAGGAGGGGUCAACUGAAACAGACUUUUAGCAUUCAGGGGAAUAGAGGAGGCAGACGGGUCAGAACUGACGAGAGAGGAGACCCUGCUACAAUCUGGAGGGCUUAUCCUGGGCUGACUGGCAAACACGGGUGUGGCUCUCUGUCCGGAGCUACUGACCUCAGCCCUGCUGUCAUGGCAUCAGCCCUCACACCAUGCAGAAAGCACCCCUCCUAACCCUCAUACCUCACACACACUCACACCACACUUCACCACACACACACACAGCCAUGAUGACCACCUCCCACAUGAACGGAUAUGUGACUGAGUCAGAUGGCGGGGGAGGCACUGACAUGCUGGAGGAGGUGGUGCAGAGGCACAGGGAGAUGGCGGUGGACUGUCCCAGUGAGCUGGGUGCUCGUACCCUGCCCAUCAGACGCAGCGCCCAGCUGGAAAGGAUUCGCCAGCAACAGGAGGACCGCAGGAGGCGAGAGGAAGAGGGCCGCAACCGGCAGGAACUCGACCUUAACUCGUCCAUGCGCCUCAAGAAACUUUCCCAGAAUCCCAAGGUGGGCAUCGAUAACCCCACCUUUGAGCAAAUGGAAGGUCCCGGUGGCUCCAUAGGUGGUCUGCAGAGCCUCACCGCACCACCAGCUUUACUAGAGCUGGAGGACCUGUUGAUGUCCCUCAAGCAGGUGCAGCAUAGUUUAAAUGACUCUCAGAGUCAAGAGGACGUGGAGCUGGUUCUACAGCUGGUCCAGAAGCCUGACUUCCAGAAAGCCUUCAACAUUCACAACGCCGUGGCCCACAAUAUGAACCGGCCCAGCCCUCCCUACCCCCUGACGGAUCACGCACAAAGCCUCGCACAAGAGGUCGAGGUCAUGAUGCACAACAGCUCACAGAAGGAUGGACUUGAGCUAAGCAGCCUGCUCACCACAUCUCACAUGCAGGCGCUUAUGAUGGCCCAUGACAGUGUGGCUGAACAAGAGAUGCAGCUGGAGCCUCUUGUUCCUUCUCUCAAUGCAAGUGAGACACUCACCCAGUGGGGCGGGGAGACUGUCAAAAUCGUGCGGAUCGAGAAAGCCAAGGACGUCCCAUUGGGAGCGACAGUUAGAAACGAUAUGGACAGCGUGGUCAUCAGCCGCAUUGUGAAAGGAGGGGCGGCAGAACGCAGUGGCCUCCUGCACGAAGGAGACGAGGUCCUGGAGAUCAACGGUGUGGAAAUCCGUGGCAAAGACGUCAACGAGGUCUUCGAUAUCCUGGCGGACAUGCAUGGCGUACUCAGUUUCGUCCUCAUCCCCAGCGCGCAGAUCAAACCACCUCCCAUUAAAGAGACUGUGACGCAUGUGAAGGCGCAUUUUGACUACGACCCCUCAGAUGACCCCUACGUGCCGUGCCGAGAGCUCGGCCUGUGCUUUCAGAAGGGAGACAUCCUCCACAUAAUCAGCCAAGACGACCCCAACUGGUGGCAGGCCUACAGAGACGGGGACGAAGACAACCAGCCUCUUGCUGGCCUGGUCCCUGGCAAAAGUUUCCAGCAGCAGAGAGAGGCAAUGAAGCAAACCAUAGAGGAGGAUAAAGAGCCUGAGAAAUCAGGAAAACUUUGGUGUGCUAAAAAGAACAAGAAGAAGCGAAAGAAGAUGCAAUACAAUGCUAACAAAAAUGAUGAUUUUGAUAAUGAGGAGAUUCUCACAUAUGAAGAGAUGGCACUAUACCACCAGCCAGCCAAUCGCAAACGGCCCAUUGCUCUAAUCGGCCCACCGAACUGUGGGCAAAAUGAGCUCAGACAAAGACUCCUCUCCAGUGAGCCGGACAGGUUUGCUGGAGCUGUUCCUCACACUACACGAAGCCGCCGUGAUAUUGAGGUGAAUGGCCGCGACUACCACUUUGUGUCCCGUCAGGUUUUUGAGAUGGACUCUGCAGCAGGGAAGUUCAUAGAGUCUGGAGAGUUUGAAAAGAACCUCUACGGUACCAGCACAGACUCGGUCCGACAAGUCAUCAACACGGGCAAAAUCUGCCUACUGUGUGUACACACUCAGUCUUUAAAAGUGUUGCGCAGCUCGGACCUCAAGCCCUACAUCAUCUUUAUUGCUCCUCCAUCCCAGGAGCGAUUGAGAGCCCUCUUAGCUAAAGACAACAAAAACCCAAAGCCUGAGGAGCUGAGAGACAUCAUCGAGAAGGCCCGGGAGAUGGAGCAGAACUACGGCCACCUGUUUGACGCCGCCAUUGUUAACACUGACCUGGACAAGGCCUACCAGGAGCUGCUGCGUCUCAUCAAUAAACUAGACACUGAACCUCAGUGGGUCCCCUCAUCCUGGCUGCGCUGAGAUGACCCCCACUCACAGCGACCCCUCCACAGACGGAUGUAAAUGAAGAGCAGAUAGAAUCACACACUCUCGGGUUUCAUAGAGUUGACUGAAUACCGCUGUUUUCACACCCCAGGAUUGGACACUAGAUAAGGACACCACGCCCCCUCAGACCUGGACAGAAGUGUCUGUCUGCACUGCACUGUCGGCAGGCUGGGGGAAUGAGUUUUUAUGUCAUAAUUUGUGGUGUGUUUUUGAGUCCGUUUAGCCACAUUCCAGUGAGAGAGUUACCAGCACUUGGUGCAGCAGUAGAAUUAGGGCUUCUAUACUGCUUUUGAUAACUAUUUAUGAUUGUAAAUAUUCUAUAUGUAUUUUUAAAGAAGUUUUUGGACAAAUGUAGAGAUGGGUUUGCAUUGCGGGAAAGCAACUGUACUA